AUGCCUCUAGCCGACUCCACUGGCGCUCAGCAUCUCGCCCUCUCCGUCCAAGAUUGGCGCAAGCAUCAGCAAACCAUUCACGACCUUUACAUUUACCAAAAUCUCUCUUUAAAUGCAAUCCGCGAGCAGCUCCAAGAACAAUACUCUUUCGAUGCCAGUAUACCACAGUACAAACGGAAGCUUAAAGAAUGGCGAUACUCGAAGAAUCUCAAAGCUUCCACCUGCAAAGCGCUCGGUGAUAGCUUGGAGCGACGACGUCUGACGGGCUCAAAUGCUGUCACGGUGGUCGACGGUGUCACUCUGAGCCCCAAGAGAUUGCAGAGGGCUCUAAGGAGACAUCAUGUACCGACCUUGGAGGGAAAGUUCGGAUUGAACCAAAGGACAACCACUCCCGAAGGGGUAUCUAUCCGCAGGUCCAUUGUGGAAUCUCUCUCACUCUCGAACAUCAAGCUUCCCUCAUUUUCGUGGUUGCAGCAAGCACUACAGUUCUCGGCAACCUUACAACAUGCAACCCCAAAUCCCUUCGUACACGCGCAGUCACCACAAUCCCAUUCAACGGAACCCAUUGAAGCAUCCAACAACUUUGUUACGGUCGAUGUUUUAUCUAUGCCUUUAGAUAAAGCAGCCGCCUCAGGAAUGCUCAACUAUCUUCCCAGACUGGAACCUGACUAUGCGGGCCAGAACUUCAAUUCAUUGAUCCACCAAGCCGGAAGCGUCGACCUGCAUUCACUUAUCAGCUAUGUCAUAUAUCUCGGUGCAAACAAUCAUCUAGAGGAGGAUCAAUUUGACCACUUCAUGGACCAGGUAUUGCCUCAAAGCAACCGGGAUACGCUCAAAUAUUUGGCGCGCUCGAAAUCAGUGUGUACAUGGAAGUUCACAGAGCUGGUCCUGUUCUACGCGGCACGGACCGGUAGGUAUGACUUGGUAGACCUGCUGAAGUAUCAGUGGACCUUUGGCAGUAUACUAACACCGAGAACCAAGAAGGUACUGGAGUGGAUGCUAAUUGAGGCGAUACAACGAGGUCAUGAAACGUUCGCCUUGACCCUUUUGAAAGAAAAGAUUGGAAACAAUGGGUGUCGAAUCGUUGACUUGAUCUCCCAAAUCGAUAAAGACCUUCUGAGACACGCAGCACACUUUCAACCCAGUAUAUGUCUAUUUAUUCUUGACUCAAUGUCUACCAUCGAAAAGGCUCAAGUCCUACCGGUAGCCGCCAAAGCUGAGUUGUCAAUUGAGGUCAUUUCUUCCCUCAUAUACGAAGGUGCUGACGUUAAUGCAACGGAUGAUGAUGGAUGUGCUGCUCUUUGCUACAGUGCUCGCAAUGGAGACUUCGAGUUGACACAGCUUCUGCUGCAAAAUGGAGCGUCUGUCGAAGGAGCCGGCAGUGGCUGGUUUGAUAAGUCUCUGGACGCCCGGUGUAUUCCUCCUUUGUUUUUCGCCGCUCAAUCGGGUCACAAGGAUAUCUGUGAGCUGUUGUUGCGGGCGCUUGCGGACGUGGAGUCUUGUUGGCACCAACCAGGCCCUCGUCAGAACCUUGACGGACAGCGCGGAGCCUUGAUGCAACUCCGUAGCUUCAGAAAUGCUGUCGAGGUGGCGAUAUGGAAUGAUCAAACCAGCGUCUUGGAAUGCCUCGUCGCGCAUGGCGCAAAUAUGAACGGCACGGAGAGCUAUUCGCCACUUGUCUUUGCCAUGGAAAAGGGUUCUUCUAACUCCGUUGAACUCCUGAUUCGGUACGGAGCAGAUAUUCACAAAUACUGUCUCAGUGAGAUAGGAACAGAAGUUCGCAAAUACUGGCGCGCGCCAAAACCAGUAAAACGCAAAUUCUGGCUCGGUGGGCCAAAUACAGAAAUACGCAAACACUGUCUCAGUGAGAUGGAAACAGAAAUUCACAAAUACUGGGUCGGCAUGUUCGGCGAGACAAAAACAAGGAUCACCGCCUUGCAGGCAGCGUGUUCCGCAGGGGACAAAAAAGGUGUAUCACUUUUGAUCGGCGCCGGUGCCGAGAUCAAUGAUCCUGCCAUGGAACAUGGGGGGAUGACGGCACUGCAAUGUGCUGCUCGGCGCGGAGAUGAAAGACUCGUGGAAUACUUAUUGGACUUGGGUGCAGAAGUCAACGCACCUUGCGCACAAGAUGGUGGGCUCUCAGCUUUGCAAGCAGCAAUUCUCAGUAAAAAUGAAACCCUGGUCAGAAUUCUCCUAGCCCGGGGAGCAAACGUGAACGGGAACAUCUCUCAGAAGAAUGGACGUAGCGCAAUAGUGGCCGCCGUCGAAGCAGAGGCAGUGUCUGUAUUCUGGGACUUGGUUGCGGAGCGUGCUGACCUUUCUACCAUCAAACUGGACGACGGCACUUACUGUUGCCCAUUCCUCACAGCGGCAAAAAAGAGUUCCACAUAUUUCGUCAACCUCUUGCUUGGUCUUAUGAUCGACAUUGAUGCUCGCCUGGACUCUGGCUAUUCCCUCGCCGAAGAAGCUAUACGGUCAUCGACGUUGGGAAGUUGGAGAGUUGUAGGGACCAUCCUCAACCACAGCCCUGCCGUCCGACUUUCCUGUUGUCAGGAUCGUACACCCCUCGUUGACAUGUGGGAUGGCAUUGAUCUGAGCUUCAUUCGGAUACUUGUCGAGAGGGGGAUGGAUAUCAGUCAAGAAUUUGUUGGUGAUGAUUAUUUUGAUUUUUCGUUUCGUCAGGAGUCAGGCGGCGCAAAAUACAGAUCGUUCUUGCAAAAAGCAUGUGCAAUGGGAAACUUGGAGACUGUCGAGUAUCUUCUGUCAGCAGGCGCUGACCCCAAUGCCCUUCCCUACCCUAAUUUCGAUGAAAUGGACGAAGAGGUGACCGGGACGGCUCUCCAGCUCGCAAUCAUGAAAGAACAACCCCAUCUCAUCAAGACACUGCUUCGCUACGGGGCAGACGUUAACACGCCUCAUCCUGGAUACUGCGGACGUACAGCUUUACAAGCCGUAAGCGCAGCUGGGGAUCUACAACUCGUGGAGUUGCUGCUCGACCAUGGAGCGGAUGUCAAUGCACCAGCCUCCGAUUGGGCUGGAAUGACCGCUCUUCAAGGCGCCGCCAUCGAGGGUUCUAUACGCGUUGUGCAGGUGCUUCUUUCAGCCGGCGCGGACGUCGGAGCCCCUGGAGCAAUGAACGAUGGUAGAACAGCUGUCGAUGGCGCAGCUGAAUGGGGACGACUGGACAUUGUUAAGCUCUUGCUCGAUCUUCACCCGCUUCAACGUGGCGAGUCACUCUCAGAGAUUUGCCGGCAGGCUGCCGAGUAUGCCAGGAAAGAGCAUCACUGGGCUGUGGUGGACCUUUUAGAAACCUACGAGAGAAUGCCGGGGUCUCCUUGA